AGAGGAACGUCAGUACGCGUAGCUUCGCGUAUAGAUGCGCACUCGCGCACGAGGGGGAGUCUCGUCUCAUAUGUGCAGACAAGAGGUGCACGAGAGCACGUUGUGUGAUAUCACUGGCCGGUGUGUGUACGUGUGGUGCUGGUCUGCUGCUGAUGUCACUCGCUAGGAAGCGAUAGGAGCCAUCUGUUCCGAGCCGACCAUUCGAAUGUUGCUGGAGCAUGAGAGUUAUGGUUUGGAUUGGGCUGAGCCUCGCCCAUUAGACAGAUAGAGGAUACGAUUUUGGAACACGGAUCGUUGCGGGUCGCGGUGGUACAAAUGCGGCAUGGCUUUGCCGCGUUUAUCGCUCAAGAGAUGCUUCCUGUACAUCGUCUGCCUCACAGGGAUGUUGCUCGUCCUUGUGAAUGUACGGCAAAAGGAGUUCUGGCACGGCAUGCGACCGGAACAAGUCCAAGCGGUCAGGCCGAUGGGCGAUAGCACUAAAAUAUCGAAUUUAACCGGGACGAUCAAUACUAUCGAAAACAUAGUUGAUUUGAGUGAUCCGAUAAAAAGACCUUGGUAUAUGAAAGGGGGACAAAGACAACCAAGUCCUGCUUUGAGAUCUCGACGUUCGGGUAAAAGAAUUGCUCGUUUAUGGCCAGAAGAAGAUUCUUUUGACGAUCGUGUAACGAAUCAGCUAAUGUUUGUUCCACCAGAGUAUAAUCGAUCAAGUCAUGAUAUUCGUUUUAAAAAGAUUUACGUGCCGCACGGUAUGAAUCCAGAUUUGUUUUACCAGCAAGGAUGCCCAGUGAACACUUGCGUUAUAACUCGUGAUAAUCCGGGUGAGGCUGAUUUAAUCCUUUUUAAGGAUUAUAUCACACAUAUUGGACGAAGAUUUAUAAAUCAGAUAUGGAUGCUAUACUUUUUGGAAUGUCCUUAUCAUACGCAAAGUAUAAAAAAUGCUAUUGUAAAUUGGACUGCUACUUAUAGACGAGACAGUGACAUUGUUGCACCGUACGAGAGGUGGCAAUAUUAUAAUCCAAGUAUCACUCAAAUACCACAGACUUUCAAUUAUGCUGCCAAUAAGACAAAAAAGGUUGCGUGGUUUGUAUCAAAUUGUCACCCUCGUAAUCAACGUAUGUACUACGCUAAGGAACUUUCAAAACAUAUUCAAGUGGAUAUUUAUGGAGCUUGCGGUACUUUGAGAUGUCCACGCUCUCAAGCGCAAGCUUGCUUUGACAUGCUUGAUGCUGAUUACAAAUUUUAUUUAGCUUUUGAAAAUUCGAAUUGCCGAGAUUAUAUUACGGAAAAGUUUUUUGUUAAUGGUCUUGGGCACAACGUAUUACCGAUCGUAAUGGGUGCUCAUCCAACCGAUUAUGCGCGCAGUGCUCCUUAUCGUUCCUACAUCCAUGUGGAUGAAUUCGAAUCACCACGGGAACUCGCACAAUACCUGCACCGACUCGACGCCGACGACGAGCUUUACAAUUCAUACUUCAAGUGGAAGGGCACUGGCGAAUUUAUUAAUACGUAUUUUUGGUGUCGGGUUUGCUCGAUGCUCCAUGACGAUCAGCACAAAUCAAGAUACUACAAAGAUGUAAACGAGUGGUGGAGGGGCGAUAGCAUAUGCGCUAGUAGUUCUUGGCGGGAGACGGAGCAUUUGAGGAGCACCUGAGAGAAAAUAGGUAGUAUUACCGAGACUGAUGUAAAUUCCUCAUCAUUGUCCAAGAGGUCGCGAAUUGUUUUUUAUCAAAGUCUCCAAUUUGAGGCAGAAAAUAGAUA